AAGAUUAGGAGAAAUUCGCCAUUUUGAAAUGGUCGACGGCGUUAAUGUGUCCUGAUCAAUCUCUGGCAUAUCCUGUCCAUCACAAGGUUUUAUGCUGGUUUCAUUGGGAUUUGAGCUAGUCCAGACCAUAAUAAGUCUGCCCUGAAUAUUUUUAUACCAACGCACCAUGGCCGGAAGCGGCGAGGUGCAGUGGUGCUUCUCACAGGUUAAAGGGACCGUGGAGGAAGACGUUACUGACGCCGAUAUCAUUUCUACGGUAGAGUUCAACCACGACGGCGAGCUGCUGGCCACCGGUGACAAAGGCGGUCGCGUGGUGAUAUUCCAACGGGAAGAACAGAGUAAAAACUGCACGCCACCGAGAGGAGAGUACAACGUGUACAGCACGUUCCAGAGCCAUGAGCCCGAGUUUGACUAUUUGAAAAGCUUAGAAAUAGAAGAGAAGAUCAACAAAAUCAAAUGGCUGAACCGCCAAAACUACGCGCAUUUUCUACUUUCAACAAAUGACAAAACAAUAAAACUUUGGAAAGUCUCGGAACGGGACAAGAAGUGGGUAGGUUCCAAUUUGAUGGAGGAGGACGGUACAGUACGCGACCCCUGCCAAAUCACGUCAGUACGCCUGCCCUCAGUACAACCCAUAGAAUUAAUGGUAGAAGCAAGCCCUAGGAGAGUAUUUUCUAAUGCGCACACGUACCACAUAAACUCGAUAUCAAUCAACAGCGAUGGGGAGACCUAUAUCUCCGCCGACGACCUCAGAAUCAACCUAUGGCAUCUAGGAAUCACAGACCAGAGUUUUAAUAUUGUUGAUAUUAAGCCAGCCAAUAUGGAGGAGCUGACGGAGGUCAUCACAGCGGCUGAGUUUCAUCCUAGGGAGUGUAAUGUAUUUGUUUAUAGCAGUAGUAAAGGCAGCAUCAGGUUAUGUGACAUGAGGCAGGCGGCGUUAUGCGACCAAAGUGCAAAAAUGUUUGAGGAGCCCGAGGACCCCAGUAACCGGUCUUUCUUCUCGGAGAUCAUCUCAUCCAUCUCGGAUGUACGGUUCAGCCACAGCGGCCGCUACAUGAUCUCCCGGGACUACCUGUCAGUCAAGGUCUGGGACGUGCUGAUGGACACCAAGCCGGUGGAGACGUUCCCCGUCCACGAGUACCUGCGCAGCAAGCUCUGCUCGCUCUACGAGAACGACUGCAUCUUUGACAAGUUUGAGUGCGUCUGGAACGGCAAUGAUACGGCCAUCAUGACGGGUUCCUACAACAACUUCUUUCGGAUAUUCGACCGCAACACCAAGCGGGACUCAACGCUGGAGGCCUCGCGCGACAGCAUCAAGCCCCUGCAGGUGCUGAAGCCGCGGCGCGUCAACACAGGUGGCAAGCGCAAGAAGGACGAGAUCAGCGUGGACAGCCUGGACUUCACCCGCAAGAUCCUGCACACCGCCUGGCACCCCAAGGAGAACAUCAUCGCCGUUGCCGCCACCAAUAAUUUGUACCUCUUCCAAGAAAAGCCCCCGAGCUAAAACCGGCUUUUAGUUUUGUACUUACCAUCUCUCUGAGUGAAAAAAUAGUAUCCCUCCUCCCGUUGGUGUGUCUGAAACAAAAGAAACAUCCUUGCUUCUUAAGGCAGGUAUUGUCAUCAUUUAUGGUCGUCGUCCUUUUUUUUCCUUUCGUGGUUCUGCUGGAGGAAUGCCAAAAAUGUACAUUGAUGUAAUUUUUUGUAGCAUUGUACAAGAAACAAAAAAACAAUUAAAUUAAAAAAAAAAAGGAAUGUCCACAGGUGCUUUGGUUGAGAGGGUCGCUUCUGUAGGUCCGUGGUGUGGCUGUCCUAUGUCUUGUGGCUUGCGAGUGAACUGCCCGAACCCUGGACGCAUAGACAGAGUGUGUUGGGCAACACUCGCAGUUUGCAAUUCAUUUUUUUCAAACACUUGCAAAAAAUAUCCAAAAAAAUUGCGGUUGUUGCUGCUUUUUUAGAAUUAAUAAGCAGUUCCUGGUUGUGGAUUGCCCCCCCCCACCAUCCGUCUGUUCUUUCGAGUUUAUCAUUGUAUGUUGCAAACUGGAGAGUUUAAACUCCAUCUUGGAUGAGAGGGGGAAAUAAGGUAAUCUUCCCACUUGUAGUUUGGUGAUUAAUUCUGAUGGUCCAGCGAGGCCAAAUGGUACUCACCCCGUUUUCCCACUGGGUUGAACUUUGUAUCAGUUUUCUGUUUUUAUAUAUUUUUUUUUAUUUCCCAUGGGUCCAAAGUUUAUAAAGUGUUCGGUCCGUGUAAAUGUUUUAAGAAUGCUUUGUCGGAAAAAAAAAGAAAUUCGCAGGCUUUUUGAAAGUACUCAUCGAUUUUGUUUACCUCCAUGGACAUUGACUGCAGCACAAUAACUAACUUUAUUUUGGAGGAAAAAUGUAUAUUAUAUGUACACAACCCUUCGCGGCUUUGCAUGUGAAGGUACCCUCCAGUCUUUCAAAGAAGGCACCAUUGUUAUUGCCAUAUCCCCUCCAACAUCCACCCACAUGCCCUCCGUCCCGUCCCAAAAAAUGCACCAACCUCAAUCAAGGUGAUGUACGUAAAAUGGCCGGAACAUUACCAGCAAGCAUCAGGGGCACUGUAAACCCUGCCCUCCCCCUCCAACCAUUGCCGUGGACAGCACAGCUGGUGUAGCCUAGACAACAGAAUGUGUACAUAUUAAAUUUACCUACCAAGGGGAAAACAAAAACAAACAUAACAGGGAAAAAAAAUAUGUGCAAAGCAAGACUUAGAAUGUUAGCUUUGGUGGUGUUCACCAAGAUGGUUGUGUUUUUGUUAUCGAUAUAUUUUUAUUGUUUUUUUUUUUAUUUGGUUUCUUUUUUUUUUUUUUUUUAGUUCCAUGUAACAAACUUGUGAAAGAUGUAUUUGAUGGCCAUCGAAAGAGUCGACAGCAAAACAAAUUGUACAUGUACGUAUAUGUUGAGCAUGUGAUUAUUUUUAUAUAUUUUUUGGUGCUGUCGAUCUGAAAGUAGUAGGUGAAAAUUAAGUGUUGACUUGAAUAGGGAAAGGGAGCAAUGUGGGCGGGGCUUGGGGGUCAGAGAGUUCCAAAUUGGUAUUAAAAAAUUUACAGAUUGUAGUUUUAGGUUCUAAGUGAGGAGUUUGCAUCUGUGAAAAAAAGUCUUGCGGCCUUUAACCCAAUCCCUCCCGGAUCCUACAAAAUCCUCCAGCUCUUAAAGAGGAUUUUGCAGGAUUUAGGAAGGUAAAGCCCAGCCACUGUUUAUGUAGCCCUUUUGCCUCCAUUGGAAUAAAAACCUCGUGCCGUUGCUUUUCCUGUGUGAUAAGUUUAGGAUUUGAGAGGGUCCAAGGAGGUUCCCGGCAAAAACGCUCAGGGCGUCAGGGCUAAGCAUCAGAGGCGGUGCCACUGGGCCAGAGUAGGUGUACCCUCGACGUGGAAAUACCCUCGUGUGUCCCCCAACAUGGUUAUUGCAGUAUUGAUGUGCCCAAAUAUUUUCCACAUCGCAUUGGUUUGCCCCUCCUUUUGUAUGAGGGUUUUCAGCAUUAUUUUGAUAGCUUGAGAGGCCGCUCCAGGUCAAGGCUGGUCCCCGUGCUCACCAAUUUGAACAAAAUCUGCAGUUUGACAAAUUUGCAAAACAGCCCCGGCUGAGUCCAGGUAUCUGUCAAGAAAGGGUAACAUUGGUUGCAUACAAGUUUUGAAUUAUUUCUUCAGAGAAGGCAGAUUGGGAAAAAAAGUUGGUUUUGGUUAGUGCUGCUUGAUUCUUUAACGGUGAUGCAAAAAUUACGUGUUGUGCUAAGAAGUCUGGUGUUUUGAAUUUGAUUUCAUUUAUAGGGCUUUCAUCGGUAAGUAGUUUGUGGAAUGGAAUUUAAAGUGUGGGUUAGUGGCAUCUUCCGUACCGUGUUCCAAGCCGUGUGUGCAUUUUUUGGAGAUCUUAUCUCUGUUCGAAAUGGCUAGCCGUUCAGGGCUCUGGGAAAACCCUCGAUAACUUUUGAGCUUAGGUGUGUUUGCUUACAUGUGCUACACUGGCUCGGCUUGUUAGUUUUGUAUCCAACCAAGAGAGAGAGAAUCCGUGGGUAAGCAGCUGUUAAUGUAGACACUGGGAAACUGCUUCAUUUGGGGUGGGCCUUCAGAUUACGCCACAGCCUGACUUGUUUGUGGCCGCGGUAACCAUCCAAAUUGAACAGAAACUUUGACUGGAUUAUUGGGUGCAAUUAUGAAUUUAAAUGUGUGUUUUAAAUCUCUCCGUGUAUUUCCUGCGUAGUGCUCACAUAGCUACUCCACAGAGCUACUAAGCACAGAGUUGAUGUAAUUAGCAAGAACAGUUUAAAAUAUCAUCACGGUGCAGCAAUUAUGGGUCCUGUUGUAAACAUACUUAACGCUAUUGUUUGCUUUUGCUUCGUGACAAACAGGAUUCUAAACUGAGUGAGAAUGUUCUCGAUUUCUUUUUUUCAGACACUCCCUAUUGGCCUUUUUAUCCUUUGAACUAGUUAACCUUUGUUAACUAGGAACUAGGUGUAAAACAGCACACGUGCUAUAACUUUCGAUGGCGUAUGCAUCACAACACAGGUUGAAUUGCGGUACAGAAGCGUCAUAUCUACUUUUCAUAUCUUCCAAUUCCCCAGAAAGCUUUUCCUCCAGCCACAAAUUGCCAAACAUUCCGUUAGAUGGGCGCAGUCGGAAAAACCACUCGAGACUUCUUUUUGUGAUAACGCGGAAGUUGUGCAUACUUUCUUAGUUCCAAACCCAUCAGAAAACCAUGUAACGCUUGAUUUACCAACCGUGACGGCCCGUCAAAUAUUUUCGACAGUAUUGUUGCUGGUCUUGUCGAUUCUGACGUUGUUAGUCACCACCGGUUGUGUUCGACCUUGUGUCCUCUGCCAAAUUACGAAAGAGAAAAAGUGCUCUGUAAAUGUUUUUUAUUCCAUCAGUAUUACGCAAGUUCUGACCCCCUUUCGUUAAAUUAGAAUUCUUUCUCGGCCUUCCUCAAAACAGGUAAAAAUCUUCAAAAAAAGUGGAAUGUCUUGCCUCUGAAAUGUUGUGCCCUAUCUGUUUGUUAUAUUGAACUUUAUUAUGUUUAUGUAAGUUUUUGUAUGGAUUGAUUUUGCGCAAAAUAUUUUUAGACUUGCAAUUUAAAACAAAUGUAAUUGGAAUUACCCUGCAAGAAAUUGUUGUGAAACAUUUUAAGACAGCAAAGCUGCAUGCCAACUUUAAAACGUCCGAGACUGAUGCCCGUUUUUCCUGUUCUGUGCUCACUAGCCAGUAUCAUAUUUUGCUUUUAGAUAUUUGACAUCUGAACAUUUGCAUUGGGUGUAAUAUUUCUGAAAGUAAACACUGUGUGUUAACAUUCCGACUUUUUUUUUUAAAUUGUGCUCUGUAAGUUCUAACCAAUCAAAAGAUUUGUGGACCCAUCGGUGUUAACAUUGUACAUCCGUGGCGAGACUGCUCAAAAUUUGUUAGUUCAAAGGCUGUAAAAAUUAGCUGGUCAAAGGUCGAGGGAGGUUUGAACUAUCAGUUCUGCAACUUUAAUUUAAUUGGUGUAAAUUGUUUUCGUCUCGUAUACAUUAGACAUUGAUGGCUGGGAUUGUCAGUAGUCAUGUUUUGAUAAAGACCAAAGCCGUAUAAACAAAUUGCCAAAUUCAGACACGCUCCUAAUUUUGAGGCUUGGGAUUUUCUUUCAAACCUCGGCUUCUCCUUAGCUUUGACUUCGUGGUCCCAUUUCAUUUAGGUCAACAUUUGCAGAUUAUCUUUAUUUGGUUUGGACAAAAUGUGUGAAAAUGUUUCUGUAGCCGGCGUUCAAGCCACAUAUACGAAGCCGGGAUUUGGAGAAUGACCUUUGUCUGUCUUUGCAGCUGAACUUUUUCCUAAGUAUCGGUAGUCGGUGACAGAGGGCAGCACAGUUAUGUAUUCGUCAUAACCUUCACAGGGUUAGUGUACUUUAACCACCAGGUAACUUGUGUCAGGUGUAGUGAAAGUUUCGCCCAGUUGACUUUGUAUUGUGGGGUGUUUGCCGCCAUUGAGUUUCCCCCAAAUUCUGGAAUUUUUUAACCAUUGUACCACCGUCAGCGGGGGUCGUUCUCAGAGAGGUGUAAUCCGAGAAGUGUGUUAACCUAACCAUUACCUAUUCUUCGGUGUCUUCACGUGGCACGUAAAGUCAUCACGCUCUGAAUGUUUCCACUUUUGCCUUUCUUGUGCGUAUUACCUUGCUUCAUUCCAAAGUCGUAGCUCCACCCACCUUGAUUUCCCCUUUCUGCAGUCUUCCAGGUUGUGUUUUUGGUCAUCCAACUUUUUCUUUUCCUUCUGGGCUGCAACGUCAAGCCAGUCAAACAUUGAUCACCGUUUGACCGAUUGUUAUCUACGCUUAGGAAGAUUUCUUAGCGCAUUUUAGAGAAAGUAAAAUGCACUAAGAAAUCUGCCUAAGCGCAGAAAACAUUCGUCUUAGUACCAUGUGGUGUACACAGUUUGCAACUGGUUCUUGGUGUUUUUUUUUCUGUUGUUUUUUUUUUUGUGAGCACUUUUUUCCAAGCAUUGUUUCCUGCUUAGCAACUUGUGGAGAUUGAGCCCAUCUGUGGUUUCGUUGCGGCAACUUCAUCGAUGCAGCUGCCCGCCCCCCUUUUUUUUUUUACUGAGAGAUUCCUGUAGCAUGAAAGAUGCUAGUAUUCACGGUCAUAGUGCUUCUUCUUUGGUACGUGGCAGCAGAUUCACGGAAUCCAUGUAUAGCCACGGGAGAAACAAAUUUUGCUUGUAACCCCACCAACCACCACUAAACCUUCAAAAUCCUUCAGAGCUCCCUCAGGGAUGUGAAAGGAUUUCUUAUGACGGUAGAUAGAGCACAGCCUUUAAUCCUUUACGGGACACCAUGCCACAUCUCGAUUGUCUCAAGUAUCUAGAAGUGUGCCAGUGGUUUCCAGCAAAGGCGUGGGAUUUGAAAGACUCUGGAGGCUGCCUGACGUCAAAGCCGCUUGCAGUCAGGGCUAUGAACUCCAGUGUCAUUUUCCCCGUGAAACUGUUACAAGUUCGAGGUGUAAAGAUACCACGGAAUUUGAUCGGAGAAGUCAACCCAGGCGAUCGGUUACAAUAAUGUACUAUCUGUGCAUUCGUGACCAUCAACUCCCCCCCCCCGUUUUCCAGCUAAUACCAUGGGCUAAACGUGGGCGCAGUCGUGGUCUUCGGGAUCAAGUAUUUAAAGAAAAAAAAAAGAGAUACAUAUUCUUCUCUGCUUCAUAAUUAGGUGUGAACGUUCUGUACGAAGUUUCGCCAGUAGAAAUGGCUGAACGCCGUGUUGCAGGUGUCGGGGUAACCGUUCAGUUGCCUGGUUGUAAUGUGCCUGUAAAUAAAAAAAAAGUCAAAAUUAAAAAGGGGACUGUGAAAUGAAAAAUCUGCACGAAGGAAAGGUCAACUUAGUUCUUUGUUAUAUCCCAAAGUGUAAUAUACACAUGUACAUGUACAACUCUCGUUAAUGGUGACAGUCACACCAUGGUCUAACUUUAAAAUGUAAACUCUAAUUGUGGGGGAAAGCUUUCAGAUACAUGUGUAAAGGCAAAAGGAGGAAGAACUAAGGCUUCCCGGAUGAAGCUGUCUUAGAAAAAAAAAUUCUCGGGAGAAAUAUAUUGUGAAUAUUUAACCCUAUAUACAACGUACUCUGUACAUUAGAAUCCUUCAUUCGCCGUCGUUUUUCCCGCUGUACCGCGUUGUCGGAAAGAUGGUCCAUGAUCUUGUCUUACUGGAUUUCAGAGCUAAUCACCCUGUCUUAUUCGGUAAACGAUGGAAAGUUGGGGGCAAAACAAUGUACAUGGACAUUUAUUUCAGUGCCUGCAAUCCGGCUUCGAUUCCAUUCCAAGUGAACCGACCUACAGGCGAACUUUGACCCAGUUCCCAGCCGAUGUAAAUGUUUGCAUCCAUGAAACUAUAAUACAUAUUUUGGUGUCGUGGUUUAUCUGCCCCGAGUCAUGCGAGGGACACGGACUCCUCCAAAAUGUACUUGCCGUCCUGGGAAAAAUAUAUGGCUCACGACAGGGGGAAAAUUUGACAUCCCCUCCCUCAAAAUGGUCGGGUUAAAUGGCCAUAUAAAAUGUUUCUUUGUUUUUUAUUUUGUCUGUUUUGGAAAGAAUACACAAAGGUCGUUUAAACUGAAAAUGGAACUCGUCCCUCUGUGGGGGGGAAUAGUAAUUUUUGAUGAGGAGAAUGCUCGACAUGGGACUCAAGUAUACUGUUUACGUAUAAAAAACAUGGAUUGUAAAGGUAAAAUAAAAAGACUAUAAACGUGUA